AUGCAAGAUGAAAAUAGUGUUCAAGUCCCAACACCUAAGACUCAGAUCACAAGCCUAAAAUUUGAGAGGUACCGCCUCACCUUGGUUACUGCUAUCCUCAGCACCCCUCGCCCCCCCCACACACACACCACCCACCCUCCACUACAUGUCAGCUCUGAAAGUCUGAAUAUCCCCAAAACAGCUAUCAAAGCUAUAGAUCGACGUCGACGUGCUUUCUUUUGGACAGGGGAUGAGGUCUGCCAUGGUUCUAGGUGUUUAGUGGCCUGGGAAAAUGUUUCUAUCAGUAAGAAUGAUGGGGGCCUUGGAGUUAAAAAUUUGGAGCUUCAAAAUAGAUGCAUACUCAUGAAAUUCAUUAAUAAGCUUUUCUCCAAUGAACCUGCCCCGUGGAAGCAAUGGAUUCUCCGAGAUGCUGCAUCUUUUGACACCCCCUCUAACAGUUCGACUUCAUAUCUUUGGCGGAUCGUUAAUGAUGAACUUACUACCUAUCGUUCAAUUACUUAUGUGAAAGUUCGUGAUGGUGCUUCUACCUCUUUUUGGUUUGAUCAUUGGCUCCCUGCCGGCCCUCUUUAUGUUUCCCACUCUGCUCUUUUCUCUCACACUACUAGGCCUAACGUAUCGGUUCAGGAUGUUUUCCAAGCUAGGUUUGAUUUGCGCCUCCGGUCCAGACUGACAAAUGCUGCUGCAACCCAGCUAGCAGACCUCCUUUUAUGCUUGCAGGAAACCAAUCUCGGCGACGGAGCUGAUGAGCGGCGUCUGAAACAUACUGGCAAAGUGUUCACCGCCAGAGAUGCUUACGCAACACCUGAUCGCCGUUCAGAUACACCAGACGUGCAUGGGCGUCAUAUCUGGGGUACACGACUUCCAAACAAAGUCAAGAUUUUUGCCUGGCUCUACUUCAAGGACAGAUUAAGCACGAGGGGCAAUCUCUUCGCAAAACAUGUGUUGGAUGACGAUGCUUGCCAACGGUGCUCUGGUUGUGUUGAAGAUCGCCAGCAUGUUUUCUUUGAUUGCACUUCCAGUGCCGAGCUAUGGCAAAUGCUCCAGAUGAGCAGUGUUGCUGAACUGGCAGAUGCAAAUGUAUGGACUGGAUGUCCUCUCCCCCACUUGGAUGCAAAACUCUGUCCAUUUGUGUUUCUUAGUCUUACUAUCCUUUCGCGGAUAUGGGAUGCUAGGAAUGCUGAGGUCUUCGGAAGCGAGCCUUCAUCAAGCCGCCGUAUUAUUACUAGAGUUUGUGAUGAUCCAGUUAUUUGGCAAAAAUGA